AUGAAAUAUAUGACAAAAAUUUUAAUUUUUAAAAAGACGAAUGCAUUUUUAAAUUAUAUAAUUCAAAUUGAGAUCAUUAGAAACAAAGAUAUUGUAAUUGAACAUGAGCUGCCACAACAAAGGUUAAGAAAAAGGAAACGUAUGGUAGACGAAAUAACUGAAGAUUCCAUUAUUACCAAUCCAAUGAAAAAAAUUAAAGUUGAAGUAUUUAAAUCAGUAAUUAAUCAGGCAAUUCAAAGUAUAAGUCAAAGAUCUGAAGCCAACAAACAAAUUUAUGAAGAUUUUUCAGACCUCGACUACAGAAAUUUUAAAAGCUUGGAUUUAUUAAGCGACUCCAAAUUUACUGAUAUUGCAGAAAGAUUGGGAUCGAUAAUGUAG